AUGAUCACAAAGGCUGCUAUGGAUAACGGAGAGGACACUCUUGGUGCUGGUGGCGACAUUACCAUCAUCUUGAACAUGGCGGACUCGAUUCGNCAGCACGGGCAAAAGUUUCUCAAGAACACUCUUGUCGACCUCAAGAAUGAGCUUCCUGAUGAGGCUUAUGUCCAAAAGAUCAGCAGCGAGCUGAGUGCCCUCGUUGAGCAGGAAGAGGCUAUCAACAAGUUGUUCGAGGAUUCUGAAGAUGAAGGAACCAUCAAGGAGGAGCAGGAGAUGNNGAGGACAUUAAAUGAAGGAAGCGACAUUGGGCUCUCUUGCCAUUUUGAACGCUUGACCGCGGCUUCUCCUUCACCAGCGCUGCACCUGGCACUGAUCGCAGCUGCGAAUUUCGCUUCAAGAAAUCAAAUCCUCUGUUAA